AAAAUUUUUGUCCGCUGCCCUCUCACCGCCCCUCCCCGCUCCCUCUCUCUCUCCCCCUGUCUCUUCUUCUCUCUCGCGAUCUCUCUCGUGGGAUCAUCCAUGGCGUCCUCUUCCUCCGGCUCCGUCCCCGUCAAUGAAGCUGUGCAGGUGCUCGUCUCCUCGCUCGCCGACGAGUCCCCCGUCGUCCGCGAGGCCUCUUUGAAUGCCCUUAAGGAGAUCGCUCCCUUGAACCCGCUACUGGUUCUGGAUUGUUGCUCUGCGAUUUCCCGAGGAGGCCGUAGGAGGUUCGGCAAUUUGGCCGGGGUGUUUAGCGUGAUGGCUUGCGCUGUACGAGCAAUGGACCAGAAAAAUGUGGAGCCCACCUACAUGACAAAGCUCGCGAAGAUUGCAACUGCAGAAAUUGUCACUUCAAAGGAUUUCAAUGCUGAUUGGCAAAGAGCGGCUUCUAGUCUUCUUGUUUCAAUUGGAUCACAUGUUCCUGACUUGAUGAUGGAGGAAGUAUUUCUUCACCUAUCUGGGCCUAAUUCAGCUUUACCAGCCAUGGUUCAAAUACUUGCUGAUUUUGCUUCUGCAGAAGCUUUGCAGUUCACUCGACGGUUAAAGGAUGUGCUUUUACGUGUUUUACCAAUUAUUGGCAAUGUACGAGACUCCCAACGACCUGUUUUUGCCAAUGCUUUUAAGUGUUGGUGUCAGGCUGCAUCUCAGUACCUUAGUGAUUUUCCUUCGGAACCACUUCUCGACAGUGAUGUAAUGUCUUUCAUGAAUUCUGUUUUUGAACUACUGCUGAGAGCCUGGGCAAGUUCACGUGAUCUGAAGGUGCGACUAUCUUCUGCUGAGGCCUUAGGAGAAAUGGUUGGUCUAGUUACUCGCUCACAGUUGAAGGCAGCAUUGCCAAGACUUAUCUUGACGGUGUUGGAUUUGUGUAAGAAGGAGCAAGAGAUUGCGUUUGUUGCUGCGCGUAGCCUUCAUAAUAUUCUGACAGCCUGUUUGUUUUCAGAAAGUGGUCCUCCUUUGCUUGAUUUUGAGGAACUUACCAUUACUUUAUGCACUCUUCUUCCAGUAGCAUCCAUCAACAAUACCAAAGAUGAGCACACUGACUUUUCGAUGGGACUGAAGACAUAUAAUGAAAUUCAGCAUUGCUUUUUGGUGAUUGGUUCAGUGUACCCUGAAGAUCUUUGUCUCUUCCUUUUGAAUAAAUGCAAGUCUAAAGAUGAAGCAUCCAUAAUUGGGGCACUUUGCGUGAUAAAGCAUUUAUUGCCCAGGUUGUUGGAAGUUUGGCAUUGUAAAAGAACUUUGCUUGUUGAAGUUGUGACGUUGCUGCUAGAUGAGCAUAGCUUGGGCAUUCGAAAGGCACUUGCUGAGUUGAUUGUUGUUAUGGCUUCACAUUGCUACCUGAGCGGACAUCCUGGAGAGUUGGCCGUUGAAUUCCUCAUACGACAUUGUGCUAUAUCAAAUGAGGAUGUAGAUGAUUUCAAGACUAAAGAAGUUGCAUGGAAACGUGGCCCCUUUCUAUAUAAGAGAUUGGAGGUGAUAGUAGGGCCUGUUAGUCCUGUGGAACUCAGAGCAGUCUGUGAAAAAAGUCUUCUUUUACUGGCCAUCACCAUUCCUGAGAUGGAGCAUAUUCUCUGGCCAUUUAUCUUGAAGAUGAUCAUUCCAAAGAAGUAUACAGCUGCCGUGGCAACUGUUUGCAAAGGCAUAAAUGAAUUGUGUAGGCAUAGGUCCUCUCAUACAAGUUCAACCUAUUCUGAAUUUAACUCCUCCAAUGAUGUUCCUAAUCCUGAGCAUCUUUUUGCUCGUUUAAUUGUGCUUCUGCAUGAUCCACUUGCUAGGGAGCAGCUGGCUACUCAGAUAUUGACGACGCUCUGCUACUUAGGCCCACUAUUUCCAAGAAAUCUCAGUUUACUUUGGCAAGAUGAGGUCCCUAAGAUGAAGGCCUACAUCAGCGAUCCUGAUGACCUAAAGCAAGACUCCUCUUACCAGGAAACUUGGGAUGACAUGAUAAUCAAUUUUUUGGCAGAAUCUCUGGAUGUUGUUCGAGACAAUGAGUGGGUCAUGUCUUUGGGUGAUGCUUUUGCUAGUCAGUAUAUUUUAUAUGAUUCAGACGAUGAGCAUUCAGCUAUGCUACACAGAUGUCUGGGCAUGCUUCUUCAGAAGGUUGAUGAUAGGCGCUACGUCCGUGAAAAGAUAAAUUGGAUGUAUAAACAUGCAAACAUCUCGAUUCCUACAAAUAGACUAGGUCUCGCUAAAGGCAUAGGGUUGGUUGCUGCUUCACAUCUUGAUACUGUAUUGGAAAAGUUGAAGAACAUAUUGGACAGUGUUGGACAAAACAGGUUCCAAAGAUUUCUAGCCCUUUUCUCAAGUAGAGGUAAAUUAGAAGAUGGUGAUGAUACAUAUGCGGCCCUAGCUUUGAUGUAUGGUUAUGCUGCAAGAUAUGCUCCAUCAACUGUUAUAGAAGCUAGAAUCAAUGCACUAGUGGGGACCAACAUGCUUUCAAGAGUACUUCAUGUUCAACAUCCUACUGCAAAGCAGGCUGUCAUUACUGCAAUUGAUCUAUUAGGCCGAGCUGUAAUUAAUGCUGCUGAAAUGGGUGUCUUAUUCCCCCUAAAACGAAGAGAUCAAUUGCUUGAUUAUGUACUUACUCUAAUGGGUAGAGAUGAAACUGAUGAUGUUGUGGAUUCUAGCAUCGAGCUUCUUCAUACUCAAAGUCUUGCUUUAAGUGCUUGUACUACUUUGGUUUCAAUAGAGCCAAGGUUACCAAUGGAAACAAGAAAUCGUGUCAUGAAGGCUACUUUAGGCUUUUUUGCUUUGCCAAAUGAGCCUUCAGAAAUAGUUGAACCACUAAUAAGCAACCUCAUCACCCUAUUAUGUGCAAUUCUCUUAACAAGUGGUGAAGAUGGUCGUAGUAGAGCAGAGCAGCUGUUACAUAUUCUUAGACAAUUGGAUUGCUAUGUUUCCUGCCCUGUUGAGCAUCAAAGAAGAAGAGGCUGUGUUGCUGCAUAUGAGAUGCUAAUGAAAUUUCGUGCUCUUUGUUCUGGUGGGAUAUGUGGGCUUGGAUGCCACUUAAGUUGCACACACAGCAAGCAAGUAGAUCGAGGGGUUCAAAGAAACUUUUCAAACUUACCCUCUGCAUUCGUAUUGCCAAAUCGGGAUUCCUUGAGUCUAGGAGAGAGAGUCAUAGCUUACCUUCCGCGUUGUGCAGAUACUAGUACUGAAGUUAGAAAGGUGGCAGUACAGAUUGUAUGCCUUUUUUUCAGCAUCUCCUUGUCACUUCCAAAGCUUGCAUCCGGAAGUGUCAUUGAUCUUGAGGUGUCAUAUGCUGCGUUGUCCUCCCUGGAAGAUGUAAUCUCUAUUCUCAGAAGGGAUGCAUCUAUUGAUCAGUCAGAAGUCUUUAAUAGGGUUGUCUCUUCUGUCUGUGUUUUACUAACAAAAGACGAGCUAGUUGUCUUGUUACACUCCUGCACUACUGCCGUAUGUGAUAAGAUUAAACAGUCAGCAGAUGGUGCUAUUCAAGCUGUAACUGAACUCAUCACUAAAAGAGGGAAGGAGUUAAAUGAAUCUGAUGUUGCAAGGACAACACAAUCUUUACUCUCUGCUGCUGUCAGUGUUACGGACAAACAUAUUCGUCAAGAAGUUCUCUAUACCAUAUCUUGCUUGGCAGAGAGUACAAAUCAUAGUGUUGUCUUUACUGAAGUUCUGUUGGCUGCUGGGCGCGAUCUAGUUACAAAGGAUAUAUCAAGAAUUCGUGGUGGUUGGCCAAUGCUGGAUGCCUUCUAUGCAUUCUCCCAGCAUGCAGUUCUCUCAAUAAAGUUUCUGGAGUAUAUUGUAUCCGUGCUUAAUAGAACACCUACUUCAAACAACGACACGGAGAAAGGAGAAGCCAGUAAUGAGUCAUCCAGUGAUGAAAAUAUUCAGCAAGCAGCUAUUCUUGCUGUCAAUGCGUUCUUCAGAGGCGGUGGUAAGAUGGGGAAGAAAGCAGUUGAACAUAGUUAUUCCUCUGUUCUUUCUGUACUUAUAAUUCAACUUGGAAGCCGUCAUGGUGUUUCUGGAUGUGGACAACAGGAAUAUUAUAGAUCACUGUUGACUGCUUUUCAGUCAUUUUGUGAUUGCGUUGGGGAUAUUGAAAUGGGAAAGAUUUUGGCUCGAGAUGGAGAACAGACCGAAAAAGAGAAGUGGAUCGAACUUAUUCAAGAGAUUGCAUGCUGCACCUCGAUAAAGAGGCCUAAAGAGGUUUCACCGACCUGUACGAUUUUGCGCAAAGCCCUACAUAGGAAUCAAAUAUUUCAAAGGGAGGCUGCUGCUGCAGCAUUAUCUGAGUUCAUCCGUCACAGUAAUGUCGAUCCUUCCUUGCUGGAGCAUAUGGUAGAGGCGAUGUGCCUGCAUGUCUCAGAUGAGUCACCAAUUGUGCGGAGUCUUUGUUUGCGGGGACUAGUACAGGUACCUGAUAGUCAUAUGCCUAGAUACAUCCCACAAGUUCUUAGUGUAAUAGUAGCCUUACUGGAAGAUCCUGAUGAAUCAGUUCAAUUAACUGCAGUUCAAUGUUUAUUAAAUGUUCUUAAUACAUCGCCAAAAGAUGCUGUUGAUCCCAUUUUGAUAAAUCUCUCUGUACGGUUACGGAAUAUCCAGAUAUCGAUGAAUACAAAAUUGCGGUCUAAUGCUUUUGCAGCUUAUGGAGCGCUAAGUAACUAUGGAGUAGGUUCACAACACCAGGCUUUUCUUGAGCAGGUUCAUGCGACCCUUCCUCGUCUGAUCCUCCAUCUUCAUGAUGAUGACCUAAAUGUUCGCCUUGCAUGCCGGAAUACAUUUAAACAACUGGCUCCUUUGAUGGAAGUAGAUGGCUUGUCUUCCCUCCUCAAUAAACAGUAUUUCACCUCUGACCGCCGAAGUGACUAUGAGGAUUUCAUUAGGGACCUUGCAAAACAACUCUGCCAACUUUCGGCUGCCAGAGUUGAUAGCUAUUUAGAGUCUGCAAUCCAGGCGUUUGAUGCACCUUGGCCAGUGAUAGAAGCGAAUGCCAUUUGCUUCUCCAGCUGCCUGUUGUCGCUUUUAGACGAUCAGCCCUCAUUGGCUCCUUAUUUCUCCCAGGUAUUUGCUACUUUGGUGGGUAAAAUGAGUCGGUCACCAGAUGCAGUUGUCCGCGCAGCAUGCUUUUCUGCAUUGGGCCUUUUAGUUAAAACGGCCAAUCCUCUUUCUUCAUCCGCAUCACAACAACUCGAUAGAAUCGAUUCAUCAAGAAAUUCGCAAGAUUCAGACCCGAAUGCAAAGCCACCAGCUCAAGUACAGGAAGAGGAAUCAGCUAAGGAUCCAUGAAGUGCAUCAAGAAGGAUACAGAACAAAACCAUUUUCAGGUAUUUCGGAAUCCAGAUUUUACUUGCUAGUGUUAACUGUGGUGUAGUCUAUGUGCUUAUAUCCUGUAUUUUGUAUGUUUUUUAUAUGUACAUGUGUAUGUACAGUAGGUGUACAGCUGACACUCUUUAUCUCUUCCUCUUUUCUGUUUACACAUUCGUUGCUUGUAAAAUGUCCCAUCGAGAAAAUAAUCUGAUGAAUUAGCUGGUAUAAGAGGUAUAUUGGCAAA